GAGAAGGGGGACUCCGCCUCAACCGCUUUAGCACCCAAAGGCUCCAAUUCAGGAAUAAGACGGUGGAGGAACCGCAAACCUACCGAGGAUACCGAGCAUCACGGAAUGGGGUGCCCGUGAAGCAGUGACUUGGGUGUGGGCAGGUGGGGGCGGGGCUUGGCUAGCGGAAAAAGCACAAGCGACGGUGCCUGCGACCAUGACCGGCUCGCACGACUCGCUGCGGCCGCCGCCGCCGCCUCGCCAGCGGAGCUUUUCUUGAGGUGUUGCUCGGUAAACGCUCCGAGGAUACUGUCAGCCGACACGACACGACGAGGAAGAGGAGGUGGAGGUGGUGGUGGUGGUGGUGGUGGUGGAGUACUGGUGGAAAACAUGUCCGCCUCGGUGGGGCCACAGAGCGGCCCUCGCCCACCCACCGCGCCGUCAUCCAUGCCGGAUCUGCCGGACUUGAGCCAUCUCACCGAGGAGGAGCGGAAGAUCAUCAUGGGGGUGAUGGCUCGGCAAAAAGAGGAGGAGGACAAAGAAGAAGCCAUGCUAAAAACACUGCACCAGCAGUUUGAGAGCUAUAAGCAGGAAGUACGACGCAUCGGGGCAGAGACGCGGCGUCAGCAGACCCAGCCGAAGGACGACGCGCCCACCUGUGGCAUCUGCCGCAAGACCAAGUUUGCAGACGGCUGUGGUCACCUCUGCUCCUACUGCCAAACCAAAUUCUGCGCUCGCUGUGGAGGCCGAGUGUCCCUGCGUUCCAACAAUUGUAUCAUAGUGAAGGACAGGGUAAUGUGGGUAUGCAACCUGUGCCGUAAGCAGCAAGAGAUUCUCACUAAAUCAGGAGAAUGGUUUUCAGAGUCAGGGGUGCGGCCUGGGAACCUGGGCUCCACUUUGAACGCCACGUCCACGGGGGGCGAGGCCCAGCGGGACGUGAAGCUGCUGCGCUCCAAGUCUCAAGCCCCGUCGUCGACAGCUAAUAGCAACACUGCCCUGCCGCACAGGACGCAGACGCCGGCGGGUGGUACUGCUGCCACUCAGGGUCCUGACGCCAUGCCUGGUACCCGCUCUCAAAGUGAACCACCUCGAGAAAAGAAAAGGCCGGUUUCUUACCAUGAACAAAACAGUAAGGGAGGGUUGGGACGUGGUACUGCUCGGAGGUCUGCUGGAAAGUUGCCAUCUCAGUCAUCUUUGGAUGAAAGAGUUGGCCUCGGCGAACGAAGGGAGAGACAGUUAGGCAAUGGUCACAGGCUAGAGAAGAUCCACUCUCAAGACUAUGAUAACGGGGAGGAGGGCUUGGGUCGCUUGGAAAGAAAUCGCAGACGGACAGAGGAUGAUGAACAGAGGGAACGCCAGCGACGUGAGGAGGAGUUCCAGAACCGCUACCGUAGUGACCCCAACCUCGCUCGGUACCCUGUGAAACCCCAAAAGGAGGAGCAGGAGAUGCGCAUGCAUGCAAAGGUUUCCAAGGUCCGCCAUGAACGUAGACACAGUGAUCUGGCAAUCAACGAGGUCGGACUAGGGCCUGGUGAAGGAGGAGGCAGUGGCGCACAGUUGCCUGAAAACCGUUUGACCAGGAGGGGAAAUCGCAAAGCGCACUCAGAAAACCUCCGAGCUUACUCUGUGGAACGGACCGCGCGGGAACCUGCGCGACCCGUGCCACCGCCGGAUAACAAGGACUGCUCGGAGCAAGGUUCAAGAGACAAAGCUGGGGACAACCUGCUGAGGAAGGACUCUCAGAGUUCGGAACAGUCCGAGUCGUUGUGUCCGCCCCCUUCGCGGUCGUACAAGAGCAAGCGCGGAGUAAACAAGAGGCAGAUGUCCAUAAGCAGCUCAGAGGAGGAGGGCGGCUCUACGCCUGAGUACACCAGCUGUGAGGACGUGGACAUGGAAAGUGUCAGCGAAAAAGGUGACUGGGACUGUCAUCCACUUGACCCUGCAGUGUGGCAUCAUCCUGUGACGUGGCAGCCUUCUAAAGAGGGCGAUCAUCUGAUCGGACGCAUCACGCUCAGCAAGAGAUCAGCCAUGCCUCGAGAAGCUGGCUCCCUCCUCGGACUAAAAGUUAUAGGUGGGAAGAUGACAGAGACGGGAAGACUCGGGGCCUUCAUCACCAAAGUCAAGAAAGGAAGCCUGGCAGACGUGGUGGGACAUUUAAGAGCAGGUGAUGAGGUGUUGCAGUGGAAUGGAAAAUCACUGCCGGGCGCAACCAAGAAAGAAGUGUACAACAUUAUUCUUGAAUCCAAGGCCGAGCCUCAGGUGGAACUAAUUGUAUCGAGACCCAUCGGAUCGAUUCAUCGAAUUAUGUCCAAAAACCUCUUGAGAAAAGUAUAUAAAGCAUAUCAGGACAUCCCAAGAAUUCCAGAGUCAUCGCACCCUCCUCUAGAAUCAACAGGUUCCAGUUCCUUCGAGUCACAGAAAAUGGAGCGACCGUCUAUAUCAGUGAUGUCCCCGACAAGUCCAGGAACCCUCAGAGACCUUCCUCUGGAGCUGCGUGGACAGCUCUCUGUGAAGCUGUGGUACGACAAAGUAGGUCAUCAACUUAUCGUCAACGUCCUUCAAGCCAUAGACCUGCCAGCCCGACCAGAUGGACGACCCCGGAACCCAUACGUCAAAAUGUACUUCCUUCCAGACCGCAGUGAUAAAAGUAAACGUCGUACGAAAACCGUGAAGAAGAGCGCCGAGCCCAAGUGGAACCAGACGUUCAUAUAUUCACACGUUCACCGACGGGACUUUCGGGAACGCAUGCUAGAGAUCACCGUUUGGGACCAACCCAGGGUCCAGGAGGAGGAGAGUGAGUUCAUGGGCGAGAUCCUGAUAGAGCUGGAGACCGCCUUGCUGGAUGACAUCCCCCAUUGGUAUAAACUCCAGACCCACGAUGUGUCCUCCAUACCUCUGCCACAGCCUUCGCCGUACCUCCCCCGCAGAAACGUCCACGGAGACAGCCCCAGCAAGAAACUGCAGAGGUCUCAUCGCAUCAUUGAUACAGAGUUUGAUGAUGGUUUGAUGAUAAUGACUAAAGGAGGAGAGCGUAAUUCAAGGGAAAGAGAGCGAGGUAGCACGUUGGCUGUCCCCGAGCAGCAGCGUGCCAUCCAGUACCGCUCUCGCUCCGUAUCGCCCCACAGAGAGGACUCGUGCAGAGCCAGGUCAAGACCUGCACAUGUGCCCAUGCAGAGGAGCCUGGAUGAGAUCCACCAGAAUCGGCACCACUCCCAAUCCCCGUCCCACUACCACGACUCCCAUUUGGAGCACCAACGGUCUGGUGAUUCGGACUUCGAGUACUCCGAAGACAGUGAGGUCCUGGAGAUGCACAGGUCAAUCCGAGGCGGCAGUGCAGAGUGCCUACACACAAACAGAGGCACAUGUAGACAUAGAAACACACUCCCCCCCAAAAUGCCCCUAUUAGUCAAUGGUGUCCAUAAAGACAUGUACAGCUCCACCCUCCCUGCAUGCCUAAAGAGCAGGCUGCCCCAGAGGCAAGAGGGGGGCAACAACAUGCAUCGUAACAUCUUUGCACACCGUGUGCUCAGGUUCACUGACGAGGUCCCAGUUAGCGACCUGCAGCCGUCACUGGACAGAGUGAGGAGUGCCAGCACCACAUGUCUCAGACCAGACUCCAACUUUCACUCUUCUGACAGAGACAGGCAAUGUAGCAAUACAGCAAGUCCAAACUGUCCAAAGGGCAGCAAAAAAGCCCUGGAGGGUGACAGUCGCAUCCAGCCCACCUCUAUCCUGAGGGGCAGUAGGGGAAGAGAGGGGCCACUGAGGCCCUUUGGCCAGGCAGCUUUGGCUGGGUCCUGUUCAACUUCUCCACAGACAGACAGAACACACCCUCACGGUAGCCCCUCACCCCCGACGGGGACCCCAUCACCAGGUCGCAGGGGGAGGCAGCUGCCCCAGCUUCCUGCUAAGAGCAGCAGCAUAGAGCAAGCCCUUGCAGUUGAAGAGCGAGCCCGACAGCUGCAUAUGAAAGGACAUUCCUACCGGCCUUCAGCUUCCAAUAACCCUGAGUCGGACCUCAAGACCAAACGGGAGAUGUUCGCAGAACAGCGUCGCAGUAGCGACAACAUGUCGGCCAGGUCGUCAGACAGUGAUAUGAGCGAUAUGUCGGCGCUCUCCCGUGCCAGCAGUGCUUCUCGCCUCAGUAGCACCAGCUACAUGUCCAUCCAGUCAGAACGCCCAGGGGGACGUUUAAGGUCUAAGUCAUUAGAGGAGGAGAAAAAAGACAGGCGGAUCUCGUGGGGGGUCACCGGAGAAGAGGAGAAGAAGAAGGCGACGGGGAAAAGGCGCUUUUCUGAGGAGUUGAAACGCAGGCGACACACUGUAGCCGGUGAUACGGGGGAAUCAAGUCGGCAGAUGCGUGCAUCGGCGGGACGCAGCAUGCUGAAGAGCUCCAGCGUGAGCGGCGAGAUCUACAGCCAGGAGCGCACUGAUGGCAGCCAAUCAGACACAGCGUUGGGCACAGUGGGCGCAGGCAGCAAGAGGAGACGAUCCAGUCUGAGCGCCCGCGUGGUGGCCAUUGUUGGCAGCCGCAGGAGUCGCAGCACUUCUCAAAUCAGUGGCCCUGAAGCCAAGACUAAAAAAGAGAAAGGCAUACCCAUCCAGAGGAGCACGGAGACUGGGAUGGCGGUGGAGCUGACCAGGAACAUGAGCAGGCAGCCCAGCAGGGAGUCCAACAAUGGCAGCAUGAACAGCUACAACUCUGAGGGGAAUUUGAUCUUCCCGGGGGUUAAUCUGGGAGCCAGCAGUCAGCUCAGUGACUUCCUGGAUGGCCUGGGUCCAGCUCAAUUAGUAGGCCGACAAACACUGGCUACACCUGCCAUAGGGGACAUUCAGAUAGGUAUGAUGGAGAAAAAGGGUCAGCUGGAGGUAGAAGUUAUCAGAGCGCGAGGACUUGUACAAAAGCCAGGAUCUAAAUCUCUCCCAGCGCCAUACGUCAAGGUCUAUCUACUGAAUAAUGGCGCGUACGUAGCCAAAAAGAAAACCAAGAUUGCACGUAAAACACUUGACCCACUCUAUCAGCAAGCGCUGCUCUUCGAGGAAAGUCCACAGGGUAAAGUCUUACAGGUGAUUGUGUGGGGAGACUACGGCCGCAUGGACCAUAAAAGCUUUAUGGGAGUUGCACAAAUCCUCCUGGAGGAACUGGACCUAUCAAGCACAGUAAUCGGUUGGUACAAGUUGUUCCCACCUUCUUCUCUGGUGGAUCCGACUCUGGCCUCCCUCACACGACGAGCUUCUCAGUCGUCACUGGACAGCUCCGCCGGCCCGCCCGGGGUCCGAUCUUAGUGGACCAACAGCUCAUUGCCGCUCUGCGAGUAACAAACUCCUAAAACUGCCAGAAGAGAUGUUGAGCAGCAACAAUCAGAAAAGACGAGAAAGCUUUGUUGAGAUCUGACAAUCACUCCUACCGUGGUUCAUUUAGCCUGUUUCAAUAUUUCAUUACCAUUUAAAGAAAUAUCUCCCUUUUUCUUUGGCCACACUGAAGACUGGCGGCUGCCGACAGGCAGUAGCUUUCAACUUUCAAGGUGAUCAAGCCGAUGGAGAUCAAACAAAGCAGGGUGGUUUUUAGCUGAAUCAACAAUAGCAAUGUAUGUAAGCGUUGGAAUGUAUGAACUGGAGGUCGAGUACUGGUGUCCUAUCUGCAGUCUCCUCCUCCAGAACCCCAUCAGACUGCCAGCAUCUCUGCCCACAGGCAGCGUGCUUCUACUUGGGUAUUUAGUCUGGAAGCACAGGGCCUUCUACUGGUGCCUAGACCCAAAAGCCGCAUCACCGGUCCUUCUCUCUGUCGAAAGAUCCACUUUUCCAACUGUUUACCAUGGCUACCCUAAAGCCAUACUCUUUUAGUGUGUUUGCUUUGUUGUCCAUUUCUGGUUCUUCCUCUGUUACUGUUGGCACAAAAUGUUUUGACGGUGCGUUAAAUGCUCAUGAUAUGUUGUCAGUCUGAUGUGUGCAUGAAGAGAAAAAACACAAGUGGUAAAAAAACAAAACAAGAAUAUGAAAACAAUUAUCUCCCAAGUCUUGUGCAGGUAUGGGAACUCGGCGAUUAAGUCACAGUUUAGGAUUUUAAACAUGAAAUGACAUGAAUGUUUUUUUUUUGUUCUAUUGCUGACAAGCCAUGUCCUUGUAUGGAUGUGUAACAGGAGGAUGGCUGAUGAACAUUCAUGUAACCAUCAAAUAUCACCAAAGGGAGAAAGUAAUCAGAAUAGAGUGGUACCUUGGUUUGCGGUUAGUUAUGCGUUGAUAACUGAAUAGUACAAAAAAACGCAACAAUUUUUCCCUUAAAAAAACAAUGUACAUCUAAUUCAACCUUUACAGACACCUAAAAAUAUAUGUUUGUUUACAAAAUAUAUAAACGUAGCCCUCCGCCAGGCAUGAAUCCAGACGAUAAUCCAGACAUUUUGUCAUGAUCCGUGGUCCGGAUCAUGUUUUUGUAUUUUCUGUUUGUUUUGGACUCCUUUAGUUCCUGUUUGUGACACCUCUGAGUUUGGUUUGGUUGCCAUGGCUGCUUAUUGUUUUCACCUGCCUCUGGUGUUCGGGACGUUCACCUGUUUUUAAUCAUAGGCAUUAUUUAAGCUUGCCUUUGCCAGUCAGUCGUCCUGGCAUCAUUCUGUCACGGCGGGGUUGCAGUUUACUGCGCGGUUCGUUCUCCCGGGAUGCAAACGGACGACUCCGGACAGGACUUGCAGGUAGGAACAUUAUUUAAUCUUGAAACAAGACUCAAAGAGGUACAAAACAGAAAACAACCCGACGGGACAAGGUGUCGAUCGCACUUGAAGCUAAGUACUUAGCAUGGGUUUGGUGGCAAGCAAAACUUAGCACUGGAAUCAUGAACUAGGAAACUUUACGAGCUGUGGCAUGAACAAACAAAUCUUACGUGACAGUAGCGUGAAGCAAACAAUGACGCCAGGACGACUGACUGGCAAAGG